UAUUAAGUGAUUAUUAUAAAUUUGCGCCAUGGGUAAAUGUUUUCCAAGCAAAGAUGCUGAAGGAGCGUCCUACUAUGGCCUGAACAGGUCUGAGGCUGAAGUACAAGAGGCUACUCCUGAAGAUUUACGUAUUGAAAUUGACCAAAUUUUUAAAGAUUUUUUAUUGAACCCGGAUGUUAGUGAAUACAUAUUUUCCUCCAAUCUAAAUAAUUUACAAAGAAAAUAUAUUCACGAGAAAGCAAAAAUGCUUAAUAUUGUUUCUAAGUCAUAUGGAAACCCCCCUAAUAGGAAAUUGCAUAUUAAGAAGAGACCCAAAAAUCACUCAUGCCAUUCUUUUGGAAUUACUCCAUGUAAUGAGUCAAUGGCAUUAUUAAACCAGUUUAUUAAUAGUAAAGAGAAUAUAUCAAUUCCUCAAAGACCUGAGGUUCCUAAACAAUUUCAAGAUAAAGUUUAUGGUAAAAUAACAAAUUUACCCCCCACUGUUGUAAACAAACCUAAAAUAAGUCAGCAAAUUGCAAAAUUUAAACAAAAACUUCCAGUAACAGGUAUGCGUAAAGAAAUAUUGGAAAUGAUUUGUAACAAUCAGGUACUAAUUAUAUCCUCCGAAACUGGAUCUGGUAAAACCACACAAAUCCCUCAGUUUAUAAUGGAAGAAAUGACAGAAAACCAACAACCUUGCAAAAUAAUUUGUACACAACCACGUAGAAUUUCUACAGUUGCUGUGGCUGAAAGAGUGGCAGAAGAACGAGGAGAAACAUUGGGAGAUGGAGUUGGUUAUCACAUUAGAUUGGAGCAAAAAUAUGGAUUUAGGACUGGGUUAAUUUAUUGCACCAACGGAAUUUUGCUUAGAUCCUUGAUGGUGGGAUGCAAAAUUCUGUCAAGUAUUACUCACUUGAUCAUUGAUGAAGUUCAUGAAAGAGAUAGAUUGUCUGACUUUCUUCUAAUUUGCAUUAAGCAAAAUUUGGAUAAAUUUCCAAAUUUAAGGAUAAUUCUUAUGUCUGCCACAGUAAACACUACUAAGUUCAUGGACUAUUUUGAAAACGCAAAAGUAUUAACUUUACCAGGUAGACAGUUUACAAUCCAAGAAUACUUCCUGGACGACAUUCUUAUAAAUCUAAACUAUUUGUCCCCUGCCAUGGAGUCCCUGAAAGCACGCGGUGGUGUUCCUGAAGUUCCUGUGUCCAGCAUCUGCGAUUUUCAAAAUUUAGCCAUGGACCAGGCUUUAGAAGAGAUGUGUAGCGGCGAUUUUCAACAAGCUAGUGCGCAGGCUUCGCACUACAUUUUGGAUGAAGGGGUUUCUGUGGAUUAUCAGCAUUCCGCAACCGGUAUGACGGCGUUGAUGAUUGCUGCGGCCCUGGGAGAUGCCAACAUGAUAUCUACACUUCUUAACUUGGGUGCAAAUCUCAAUAUUCAAUGCAGAAGCGGCAAAAACGCAUUGGAUUACGCAACAGAAAACAGUAAGGAACGUGCAAUAUCCAUUCUAAACUACUUCAAAAUGACCAGCGAAUCUACAAUCAAAGGUCCCUCCAUGGAGCUGUUGAAUCUCUACGAUAAAACCGUAUCUGACGAUGAUAUCGACUAUGAUCUUGUCACUUACCUAGUAAAAAGCAUCCAUCAAAACAGCGAAAGUGGAGCUAUCCUUAUUUUCUUACCUGGCUAUGAUGAUAUAAUGAUGUGCAAUGACAGGCUGAUGGAGUGUGGCAUGGAAAGGUGGACAUUUAAAACUUUCUUUCUGCAUGGUUCCAUGAGUAUCAGGGAUCAACAUGAAGUGUUCAAGACCUUGCCAAACAAUCAAAGAAAAAUUAUAUUGUCCACAAAUAUUGCAGAAACUAGCAUCACCAUUGAUGAUGUUGUCUAUGUUGUUGAUUGUGGAAAAGCCAAGGAAAAGUCUUAUGAUUCAUACAACAAACUGUCUUCCCUUCAAACGAUGUGGAUUUCAAAAGCUUGCGUCAAACAACGCGCUGGUCGUGCUGGUCGUACCCAACCUGGUAUAUGUUUUCACUUAUUCUCCCAACGGCGUUACUCAAAUAUGGACCAAGAACGCGUACCGGAAAUUCUUAGAGUCUCCUUGGAGGAACUUUGCCUUCACACUAAGAUUAUUGCUCCAAAGAACAUUGAUAUAUUUACAUUUUUGGCACAGGCUCCUGAUCCGCCCUCUGCAAAUUCAGUAAAAGUGGCGAUCGAAAGCCUCCAAGCUCUUGGUGCACUAAAUGUAGAUGAAACUCUAACCAAAUUGGGCGAAUAUUUAUCCCAAUUUACUGUAGAACCGCGUUUGGGAAAAAUGCUUAUUUAUUCUGUGGCAUUAAGGUGCCUGGAACCAGUCUUGACUUUAACUGCUUCAUUGGCACAUAAGGAUCCUUUCCAGCUGCCGCCACAAGCAAAUCUUAAGGUUGCUGCUGCCGAAAAAAGAAGGGCCCUUAUCGAAGAUGUACCUUCUGAUCAUUUGAUUUAUCUUAAAGCUUUUCUUAAGUGGCAGGAGGAAUGUCAAAAGGGUAGAGGAUACGAAUUUUGCCGGGAGUAUUUUAUAUCGAAAUCUACAAUGGAGUCGAUUUUGGAAACUCGCCGUCAACUAUUGGGACAACUACGUGCCGGAGGAUUUAUACCACAAUCAAACUCGCUCAGCGAUUACAACAAAUACGCUGACAGCUGGCCAAUGGUAAAAGCAGCAAUCAGCAGUGGGUUAUACCCUCAUCUUGCUUUUCCCAAUGGAGCAGCUUAUAGCACUAGGAGUGAAAAGAAGGUUUAUCCUAUUAAUAGCAGUGCUCUGAUAAAAAAUAGAGUAGUUUCAUGGGUUGUGUUUGAUGAACCUUUAAAAAAUAAAAAUAAUUUUUAUAUUAGAGGAAAUACCGCAGUUUCUCCUCUUACGAUUGCAUUGGUGUGCGGUAAUGAUUCGGAAUCAGUAUGCGAAAGCACUUUUAUUAUUGACAAAUGGUUGGAAAUAGACUGCCUAAAUUGCGAUAUUCCGCAAUUCCGCUUAUUUGUCAAGCAGCUUAUCAACAAAGUGCUCAAUAAUCCAGCCAUAAUGUACAGACAUCUUGAAUACGACACUAUCAGUGUCCUGAAUAAAGUCUUGUUCAUUGAAGACACUCAGCUACAGCUCCCACAAGCCAUAGGCAUUGGUUACAGACCAAGUUUUACUUAUCACACUGAGAGAAGAAGGCAACAGAACUAUGAGCCAAAUAACGAGAGACACCACCAGGGCCCGAGCAACGGCGAAGUGGAAAAUUUGACGCGUAAUUUCCGCAACUUGGCGUCUCAGGAACGACGUCCGAAUAAUAUGAACAACUCUGGGGAUUACCAACAAGGGCGGAGGCGAAAUGUAAAUAACGUAGAAAAGGAGAAUUAUUCCGGUAGAAAUUUUAGCAGCGCCGGACCUGUGGAUCGAUUUAGAAUGUCCAAUCCUGAAGAAAGGUAUCAAAGCGUACCUGAUGCUGUUGUAUAUAUACUUAUUAAACCAAGGCAGACGCGCAGUGUUAAUAUUGCCUACUGUAAUGGAACUUGGGUGUUUGCUCCGCAAACUGAAAAAAAGAUCAUACAUUAUUAUUCUAUGAAUAAGCAGGUGAGGUUGAUUUUCACGGUUUAUAACGGAAAUGCAUUCCAAGGAAUCGCCCAAUUUAUAUCUAUGAAUCCAAAUGUUGGAAAAAAACCAAAUGCCAAUAUCAAAUGGCUUUUCCGUUUUGAGGUUCCACAUGUAAAAGCUAGACAAAUGCGUAAUCCAUAUAACAGAGAUCGCCCAAUCUUUGAUGGGGUGGAUGGUCAAUUGGUAGAGCAAAGUGUAGCUGAGGAAUUAGUUAGAGUGUUCUCAGAAGUCAGUAGACAAAAUCCUAAAUCCGAAAGUUAAUUGACUAAUCUUUUUUAUUCACAAUAGCAAUGUUUUCUAUUGGAGUAAUGUUUCCACAACAAUUUCUUGAAUUUGAUUUGAGUAUAAUUUUUUAAAUUUGGUUAUUCAUUGUUUUGUAGAUUGGGCCAUAUAAAUUAUAUUAAAUAAUACUUUUCUUUCAAGGAUUUUAC